AUGCUCGAAAUACUGAUUGGAGUCACCCUCUUCUUUACCUUGUGGAGGGUGCUGGUGCUAGCCGACCUCAAGAGAAGACAGAAGAAGUCUGGAUAUGGGUAUCCUCCGAUUGCUUCCAAUGGACUUCUUGGAUGGAGAGGGCUGGUCCACCAGCUAUCAGGAUUUGUUAAGGAUAUUGGACCAGCCGGCUGGGGAGCUCAGUUCAAAGAACAUGGCAAGACCCAUCUCUAUCCUGUCUUCCCCACUCAAUUGCUGGUGACCCGGGAUCCUGACAAUGUCAAGGCGAUUCUGGCGACUCAAUUCAAAGAUUUUUCUUUCGGAAUCAGAAAAGAAGCGCUUUGUCCGUCUCUGGGAUACGGAAUAUUCACCGUGGAGGGCUCAAGCUGGUCUCAUUCUCGUGCUCUACUGAGACCUCAGUUUUCAAGAGAGCAGAUCUCACGUCUGGACUCAGUGGAGCACCACUUUCAGGAGUUUGCACAGUGUGUAGACAACUUCAAGGGCGAGUAUUUCGACAUUCAAAAACUGUUUUUUGCUCAGUCAAUGGACACUUCUACUGAUUUUUUGCUUGGCGAAUCAGUAGGCUGUCUGAAAGAGCUCCUGGAGACUAGGGACGGAGACGAGAGCUCUAAGAAGUUCGGAGCCAACUUUCAACAUGCAUUUGACAGAGUACAACGAUUGGUGGCUCUGCGAGUAGUGUUCCAAGAAAACUACUGGAUAAUCGGAGAUGUCUUCUUCAGGAACGAGUUCCGCCAGGUAAACGAGCUGAUUCAAAAGUUCGUGCAGGGUUACGUUGAUAAGGCUCUCAAGGCUCGAGCUCACAAAGCGCCUAUUUACACCAAUCCUGACAAGUACAUAUUUUUGUACGAGUUGGCCAGAGAUACCACUAAUCCCCGAGUUCUCAGAGAUCAAGUUCUCAACAUUCUCAUUGCAGGACGAGACACUACCGCAGCUACUCUAUCCUGGCUCAUGUUUGAGCUGGCUCAGAAACCUCACAUUUUCCACAAGCUGAGAAAGGCCGUGAUUGAAGACUUUGGGACCACAAUUGAAAACAUCAGUUUCGAAAGUCUCAAGCAGUGUGAGUACCUGCGUUAUGUUUUGAACGAGGUUUUGAGACUUCAUCCUGUUGUACCCAUCAACCUGAGAGUGGCUCUCAAAGAUACUACUCUUCCUAGAGGAGGUGGACCUAAUGGAGAUGAGCCCAUCUUUGUGCCCAAGGGUCAGAAAAUCAACUAUGCCGUUUACUGGACACACAGAGACGAGCAAUACUGGGGUGAAGAUGCCGAGGAGUUCAAACCCGAAAGAUGGGACACUACCAAUCAUCCAGGACCUCUGGGAAAGGGAUGGGAGUUUCUGCCUUUCAAUGGUGGUCCCAGAAUCUGUCUGGGUCAGCAAUUUGCUCUCACUGAAAUGGGUUACAUUCUCACUAGGCUGGUCCAGGAGUAUAGCGAUAUCGGGAUUGAUGAGGAGUACCAUGAUAGGCCGCUAAGGGUGAGGCAUUCUAUCACCAUGAGUCACGGGGACGGUGUUCAUGUGAGGUUAUCGAGGGAGGGUACAGUAGUUAGUUGA